AUGGCGUCGUCGUCCAAGAAGGUGUGCGUGGUCGGCGCCGGCGUCGCGGGACUAGUGUCCGCCCGCGAGCUGCGCCGGGAGGACCACGACGUGGCGGUCAUGGAGCAGAGCGGCGGCGUCGGCGGGCAGUGGCUGUACGACCCGAGGACCGACGCCACCGACCCUCUCGGCGUGGCCGGCGCGCAGAGCAGCAUCUACGCCUCUCUCCGGCUCAACACGCCCAGGGAGACUACGGCCUUCUCCGACUUCCCUUUCUUCCCCAGCAACGACGGCACCGGCGACGCCCGGCGGUACCCGGUGCACGCCGAGUUCCUGAGGUAUAUCAGGGACUUCUGCGACGCGUUCGGGCUCAUGGACGCCGUCAGGCUCAACACCAAGGUCCUGCACGUCGGCCCGUUGGCGCCGCGCGCCGCUGACGACGGUGGCGUGAAGCGGUGGACUGUGAGGUGGUCCUCGAGACAUGGUGACAGUGAGGGCGAGGUGGUCACCGCGGAGGAGGUGUUCGACGCCGUCGUCGUCGCGGUCGGCCAAAACUCCCAGCGAAGGCUCCCUAGUCCCUACCAUCAACGGCAUGUACAAGUGGAGCAGGAGGCAGCUGCAUUCGCACUCGUACCGGGCCCCGGACUCGUUCCAGGACCAAGUGGUGGUGGUGGUCUGAUGCCACCCGAGCGGCACGGACAUCGCGCUGGAGCUCUCCACGGUGGCAAGAGAGGUGCACAUCAGCGUCAAGUCCAUGGACGACGGCGCCGUGUUCCCGGGCAUGAGGCAAGCUGUGUCCAGGCACCACAACCUGCAUCUCCACCUCCAGGCAUGUCGUCUCUGCUCGUUCAUGGACAUCAACAACAUACAUAUAUGCAUAUAAUCCGACAAGAACGCUUGUGCGUACGACUACUUGUUCCCGUUCCUGGACACGGGAGGCCUGGUCACCGUCGACGACAACCGCAUCAGCCCGCUGUUCGAGCACACGUUCCCGCCGGCGCUGGCGCCGUCGCUCUGCUUCGUGGGCGUGCCCAAAAGCGUGGUGGUGCCGCGGUUCUACGAGGCGCAGGCGAGGUGGGUGGCGCAGGUGCUAUCCGGCCGGAAGUCGCUGCCGCCGGUGGCCGACAUGCUCCGCUCCGCGGAGGAGUACAACCGCGCAAGGGAGACGGCCGGCGUGCCCAAGCGCCUGACGACGACAUCUUCGACCUGGAGUACUGCGACGCGUUCGGGGAGACGCAUUGCGGGUUCCCGCGGCUGGAGGACUGGAAGAACAAGCUCCUGUGGUCCUCCGUCAAAAGAGUGCGCGAUGCCACGGAGAGCUUCCGUGACGACUACCGCGACAGCGACCUUGUCCUCGAGGGCCUGCGCUCACAGGGCUGGCUUACCGGCCGGCCGCCGCCGCCGCCGGAAGACACGAGGGUAGAAAACGAGUCAUGA